GUGAAUUUGUAUUUUAGAGCAGAGAACUUGUUUUAAAGUAGUGAAUUUGUGACCUCAGCGCAUUCUUGCAUCGCAGUAUUUCAUGGCUGCGACAGAUUUUCUAACCUCAAUAGUCAUUAAUUUUAAUGUUUAAUAUCUCGAUUUGCGGGACAGAGUGACACUUUUUUCUUGUAAAUUUUUGUUUUUUACGCAAAAACGCAUCGAUUAAGUGUAUUUUUGUCAAAAUUCGAGUUGAGGGAGCUCUUCUUAACAUUUUCCUAAACGCAUCUUAACAUUUAUUUAAAAUGGAUGACGAAGAAAUAAUACAAUUGCGUGCUCUGAAAGAACACCUCCUGAAAAAGAUUAUUUACUUAGAAGACAGGUUGAAGGAGAGAGAUCAAGAAGAAAAUGGACGCAAAAAAUCAAUCAAUUUCAAUACCACGCUGCUUCCUGAUGAUGAUUACAAACUGUCAGAAUCCUUAUCUACCAAGUACAAAGCUAACUUAUGUGAAGUUACAGCUCAAGUGACAGGAAUAACAUUCGAAAAUGUCGAUAGAAAGUUGUUACGUGAUAAUAUUUAUAUAUAUGUAGCUAAAGUAAUAACAAAAACCAUUUCCUUUGAUAUUGAAUUAAUAGUGAUUUUGAAGAAUUUAAGUGAUGAUUUCAAUAUCAAGAACAUAAUAUGUUAUUUCAACAAAAAUAUCCAUGAUAGUUAUAUAUUGGAAAUAUCCCCUUGGUUUCAGAAAAUUACAAAUAUGAAAAACUUUUCUCUUCUUAUGUCCGCACUUUCUGAUUACAAUACAAAGAAUAUCUUUAGAUCUAAAAUUCUACAUAGUUUAGAAAUACAGAAAUAUGUAAACUUUGAACAAUGUACUCAGGAAAAUGGAGGUAUAUUAGUACAUGUACAUUCAUCUGUAGAUAUAGAGAAAAGCUAUGUGAUAUUUCAAUGGUCAAUGAAAUUUUUGGAGCUGACGUGGCAGAUUGAACAUUUCUUUACAGUAAAGUCUACAGACAUAGGAAUGGAAUUUUCUGAAGAAAAUUGUUCUUUAUUAAAAGAAUUUUGCAAAUUUAACUUGACGGAAAACAGUCUUGUAGAAUUGUGGGAGAAAUUGUGCAUCGCUAUUGAUACUUAUGCUGAAAAAAGUUCCUAA